AUUCCCUUACCAAGCGACACUCAACGAAAACAGCUGUUCCGCUUCGAAAAUAAUUUCAGCUGAAAUUUAAUUCACGUUCUCUCCAGAAGUGGUGUGUGAAAGCGGUUAAAAGCGCAAUAAACUGGAAAGUUUUUGGUCAAGAAAAUUUGCAAAGCUUUUGUGGGCCAACAACAUGAUAUGCCAAUAAACAGAUGGCAAGUAAAAUAAGGCUAGCGACAGUCAGUCGGAUUUGUUAAAGCGCCGCGUAGACAACAUCAACGUACGGAGCACCGAGUGUACAACGGAAUUUUCGUGCUAUUUUUAACAGAUUUGCAUGGUUGUUUCGUGUAUGUACCUGUGUACACUCGUGUAUGUAUGCGAGCGUUGAAUUUUGUGUGUUAAGAAAGAAAUUGUUGAGCGCUAGUAGUUCACGUGAAGUAAAUACAUGCAUAUAGAGUUUACCUUAACAUAAACACUCGAGAGGCAGGCCGCAACUCUUGCUUACGUGACGUCAUUUACAUACGCGUAUACAUAUGUAUGUAUUUGUGCAGUGACAACAAUUUUGUUUUGCUAGAUUUAAAUAUAUGUGCAUAAAUAAUUACAUUACAAUAGCAAUUUCAUUCCUAAAAUAUAGUCCGCUCUUAAAAUUGUGAAUCAUACCACCAGCUUAUUAUAAAAAAUUAAGUAAUAAAAUAAAAAGAAUCCCUUUUGUGCUCAUUUUAUAUAAUACUUAAGUUGUAGGUCAUUAAUUUAUUAAUAAAAAUGCAGUCAGAUAAAUUCUUACUCGCACGCUACGCACAGACUUGUUUGCGUUUAUUUCAAACCAAACAAAUACUAACAAGUGAACAACAACAAAUACGAUUCUUAUCACUACAAAUGGUUAAACAGCUGCAUUUAGGUUUAAGAGGUAUCAACAAUAAUAUACUCGCCAACAAUUCCACUGCCACUACUUUUGUCGGCGUCUUUUCCCAGCCCAUCAGAAGCCAACAUUUUCAUCUUCCCCGAGUUUUGCUAAAUAAACAAAUACUUGGGAGUCGCCAUAAUAGCUUCCAACAACCGCAUAUUAGUAUUUGUACGCAGUCGUCAAUAACGCCGCUACGGGGUAAAUAUCCGACGGAUACGGUUCAUGAGCCAUUGUGUUCGGAACGCGCGCGUGAAUUGGUGUAUAACUUGAAGGACUCGGAACGGGAGGCUAUUAAGCAGGCCCUGUUGAAAUAUGAUGCCGAGCGCCAACGGGCCGGAUUUGAAGGCAAACUGGCAGCAACUCAAUGGCGCACACGCUUCGGUCGCCCCUCACAGGUGCCACGACUGGGCGAAGUUGAUCCGACAGGCAGAUUCUGUGCCUUUCCCGAGGAUUGGCUUAAACAAAGAGCGGCGGCUAAGGCUCCUCCACCCUCAAUGGCGGAUUUGAGACGAAUUGCCGUGGUAAACGCCGUGCCCUUUAUCGCCUUUGGCUUUCUGGACAAUUUCGUAAUGAUAGUUGCGGGCGACUCAAUCGAAAGCGUUUUUGGCGCGUUCAUGUGUAUAUCUACAAUGGCUGCCGCUGGUCUCGGCAACACAGUGAGCGAUAUACUGGGCAUCGGUUCUGCGUAUUAUGUGGAGCGCGGUUGUGAAAUGAUGGGCUUCCGUUUACCCGAUUUAACGCCAGUUCAAAUGGAAAUGAAAUCGAGUAGGCACUCGGCGAAUUUCGGUCGCAUUGUGGGUAUAACAAUCGGUUGUCUCUUGGGUAUGGUACCAUUACUUUUUAUGAAGAAAAAAGAGCAGAGUGAAAGUCCUGUAAAUACAAAAGCCGUUACGAAUGUCGAUGCAAAUGUCAAUGUGAUUGCAAAGGCGGAAGUUAAUCCGAAUGUUAAACCCGUUAAAUCUUAAGGCAAUAAUAUUUACAAUUAAAUUGCGCUGGAAUUUAUGUUAUAUUUAUAUUUCAAUUAUGCGUAUAUACAUAAAUGUUAACAUGUUUUACCGAUUUUAAAGGUUAAGUUCGAUCGCCAAAAAUCGCUGCAGCGGUUGCAAAGCGCCAAUUUUAUAUGUAAAUAUAUAAAUUUGAUUUUAUUUUUCAUAAUUGAUAUAUACAAUCAAAUAAGGUGUAAUAGAAAAAUUGUUUUACGUGUGUUUUAAAUAGUUUUUAUAUCAUGCUUGUAAGUCAUAAUAUGCUCGUUUUUUUUUUGUAAUUAAAGCAUGUUUAAAUAAUUUUUAAUGAUAUUAAAAUUUUUAAUUAAGCUAUUCGAUUGCUCUCGUUUGACUCAUUUAAAGAUAUAUAUGUACAGACAUGUGUAUUUGCAUAAAUUUAUAGUGUUUGAUUUACAUUUUUUCUUUUUGUAAGGCAAACUAUUUCCUAUACUCAUUUCAAAGAAAUAUAUAUAUUUUUUUAAAUUCUUAAAGAAAAACAGCCUUGUUUUCAGUGAUUUUAGUUCUUUGUAAUGAACUUGAUUUGUUCCAAAAUUUUAUUUAUUUUUCAACUGGUGUUAAUAUAAGCUAUAUUUUUAGUUUCUUAA